CCCUGCGCGCGGCACAUGGGGCGCCUGACAGAGGCGGCGGCAGCGGGCGGCGGCGCUUCAGCGGCGCGCUCGGCGGGGCCCCCUCCCACUCCCUUUCCCCUGUCUUCCACCUCCCCCGGGGGCACGGCCACCAUGGCGUCCAGCGAGGAGGACGGCACCAACGGCGGCGCCUCGGAGCCGGGCGAGGAGAAGGAGGCCACCGGCAAGAGGAGGCGCCUCGGCUUGCUGGCCACUGUCUGGCUCACCUUCUACAACAUCGCCAUGACCGCGGGGUGGUUGGUUUUAGCUAUUACCAUGGUACGUUUCUAUAUGGAAAAAGGAACACACAAAGGUUUAUAUAAAAGUAUUCAGAAGACACUUAAAUUUUUCCAGACAUUUGCCUUGCUCGAGAUAGUCCACUGUUUAAUUGGAAUUGUACCUACUUCUGUGAUUGUGACUGGGGUCCAAGUGAGUUCAAGAAUCUUCAUGGUGUGGCUCGUUACUCACAGUAUAAAACCAAUCCAGAAUGAGGAGAGCGUGGUGCUUUUUCUGGUCGCGUGGACUGUGACAGAGAUCACUCGCUAUUCCUUCUACACGUUCAGUCUUCUCGACCACUUGCCAUACUUCAUUAAAUGGGCCAGAUAUAAUUUUUUUAUCAUCUUAUAUCCCAUCGGAGUUGUUGGUGAACUUCUUACAAUAUAUGCUGCCUUACCAUAUGUGAAGAAGACAGGAAUGUUUUCAAUAAGACUUCCGAAUAAAUACAAUGUUUCUUUUGACUACUACUAUUUCCUUCUUAUAACCAUGGCCUCAUAUAUACCAUUGUUUCCACAACUCUAUUUUCAUAUGCUACGCCAAAGAAGAAAGGUGCUUCACGGAGAGGUGAUUGUAGAAAAGGAUGACUAAACCAUGCCCCCGAACAAGGUGCUUUUUCCAGAAUAACCAGGAUUACUUGAGUCCAAGUUUUAAUAACAAGAAUAAACAACUUUAUGAAAUA